AUGGACUUUGGAUCAUCAAAUUGGUCAUGGCCUUCGGGCGCAAACCCCAACGGCCAUUCAAACGGCAGCGCGCAAGCCUCAUCAACCCACGAGACACCGCACAGCUCAUCAUCAACUUCAUCAGCAUCGAAACCGAGCUCUCAGCAGCAACAAAAACAACCAACGUACAAACCCCGCACUUGUCGCAUCUGCUUGGAAGUGGUCCAGCCCACCACCGAGAUUGACGAGUCAUUCGCUGCUCGCUUCACCUCGAGAGCACGUGUUCGAUACUAUUCGGAAGAUCCGGAGCUGGGCCGUCUGAUCAGCCCUUGCAGAUGCAAAGGCACGCAGAAAUACGUCCAUGAGGGCUGCCUUCAGCAAUGGAGGCAAGCGUCGCCUUUGUCUGACCGGAACUUUUGGCAGUGUCCUACCUGCAAAUUCGAGUACCGACUGGAGAGACUGAGAUGGGGCCGCUGGUUGACGAGUACGAUGGGAAGUGUGGUUCUUACCGGUUUGGUGUUCAUCUUGGCCGUGUUCGUGUUAGGCUUUGUUGCCGACCCCAUCAUCAAUCUUUGGGUUGACCCCUUGGGAAGCGUGGUGGAUACGAUUCACGAUGUCAUCUCAGAUGUCGAGGCUAUGCGCCCCAUUGACGAUGAACCGGCGACUUGGUCUUUCCAUUUUCUAAAGGGAUUCCUCUCGCUUGGCUUGCUUGGGUUCUUGAAGACUUUCAUUGCCAUGUCUCCGUGGCAGUUGCUUAAUAUUCGCAGUACAGUAGGUGGACGUCGCAGGGGCAGAGACAGGGUUGAGUCGGUCAAUUGGAUGCUUGUGAUGAUUGGCGUCCUCACAUUCCUUGGUGCUGCAUGGAAGUUCGUCCGUCACUUCAGCGCGAGAGUCCUUGAAAAGGCCCGUGACAGAGUUGUUGACAUUCAAGAGGAUGAAGACGCCGAUGACGAAGACGACGACGUUGACGACGAGUCGAGGAAAGACAGGUAA